ACACGCCGUUUCCUGAUAACUGAGACCAAAGUGAAAGUCCCUCCUCCUCCCCGCCACCUUGCAGGUUGCUCUCUCCGGGGCCUCCUCUGCCCUCCAGGGCCGGGCCGCUCUUGCCCGUGCUCGGGCUCCAGCUGGAAGGGGUGGGGAGGAAGAGCAAGGCAGGCCUCCCCAGCUGACGCCAAGUGCCAGUCUGGCCUCGCAAGCCGGCCCUUGGCACGUAGGAGCCAGCCGGACCUUCCCUCCCCGCCUGGCAGCGGGCAUCCAGUCUGUUGCCCCGGCAACACCAAUCCCAGGCUGACGGGAAGUGAGAGAGCGGCCCAGCCUGCAGCCGAGGCAUUGCGCCGAGUCCGGAAAAGCCCGGGCCUGGAGAGGACGCGGCCCGGUGGCCCUUCCUCCGCCGUCCCAGAAGGCGCUCGGGGGCGUCCGGAUCCUCCAGGCCACCCGGAGAUGUUGUCCCGCGGGGCUGCUCUGUGGCUCUGCCUCGUGCUGCUCCUGACCGAGGCAGCCGGGGAGGAUGCGAGGCAGACGUGGUGGGACAGAGCCGCGGUCCCCAUGGCCAAAAAGGUGGGGAAGGGCCUGAAGGAGCGCGUGAGGGCUGUGACCGAUCUCUCCAAAAAGUACUGGGACUACUUCUCCUGCCAAGUCUGGUCCGAGCACUGUGAUGGGAAGAAAGACGCCUCCAAGUCACUGGGAUGGAUCUCUCCCCUACUGAGCCAGCAAUACAUGGAUAUCCUUUCCAGCUGGUACUGUAAAUUCAAAGAUUGCUGUGACAGGGAUGACUGCAGGAUAAUCAACAACAUCACAGGUCUGGAGAUAGACCUAAGCACCCGACUACAUGGUCAACACUUGGUCCAGGAAGUUGUUCUGAAAUCAAUAAGGGGCUUCCUCUCAAUGCCCCAACCAGAGAAACCUCUUGUCCUGUCAUUCAAUGGCUGGUCUGGUACUGGCAAGAACUUUGUGACUCGGAUGCUGGCGGAUCAACUGUACCGAGAUGGGCUGGAGAGUGAGUGUGUUCAGGUGUUCAUCUCCAUGCUUCAUUUCCCUCAUCUGAAAUAUGUGGAUGUAUACAAGGAAAAGCUGAUGGAACAGGUGAGUGACACAGUACAGCGCUGUGGCCAAGCCCUAUUUGUCUUUGAUGAGGCUGAGAAACUACCCCCAAAUCUGCUGGAGACUCUGAAACCAAUCCUGGAUCACUACGACACCAUCAAAGAGGUAGAUUACCGGAGAGCAAUCUUUAUUUUCCUCAGUAAUUUUGGUGGCAACACAAUCAAUGAAGUGGUCCUGAGCUGGCUUAAGGCAGGACGAUCCAGGGAAGAGAUCACCAUGGAGGACCUGGAGCCCCACAUUCAGGAGAUUCUAAAAUCAACAGACAGCAACUUUGGCCACAAUCGACUUGUGAAGGAAAACUUGAUUGACUUCUUUGUCCCCUUCCUGCCACUUGAGUACCAUCAUGUCAAACUGUGUGCUCGAGAUGCUUUCAUGAGCCGGGACCUCGAAUAUACUGAGGAGAUGUUGGACAAAGUAGCCAAAAUGAUGAUGUAUGUACCAAAGGAAGAAAAACUUUUCUCUGCUCAAGGCUGUAAGUCCAUUUCUCAGAGAAUCAACUUCUUCCUGCCUUGAUGGCCAUCUUAGAAGAUUGCAUGAGAGCAAUCUUCUCAUGCAAUCUUAAUUCUCCACUGACCAUAUAGCCUCCUGGCAACAUCACUCGACACCCUAACUCUUUCAGAAACCCUUUUACCUUGGGGCUUUAAAGGCCAGGAAGAAAAAGCCUGAGCUCUAGCAUUAUAAUGUACUUGUUGGAUGUCUGCAGGAAGGCUACUAGCUGGUCCUUAGAAUUAUUUUGAUGCCUUUUAGGGGAGCCUUCCAUGGGGUAAACAUGACUGCUGCACAGUGGGAGGGAAGGGGUUGUACACAAGGAAGGACAAUGUACACUGUGAGAAGGUGAAGCAUUUAAAGUGAAAGUGAACCCUAACUGUAUGGCUCUUAAAGAAGCCCAAAGCUAAGGGGGUAAAUGAGGUUUAACUUAAUAAGGACUGAGAGCCUCUCAGCUUCCAAGUUGUGUCCUUGAAACAUUGAAAUAAUCAAUGGCAAUUCAGGAAGAGAAAGUUAAGACAGAGCCUUAGUCAGUGAGACACGAUCUAACCACCAGGAAAAUAUUAUUAUAACUUUUCUGUUACAUUUUAAAGGGAAAUUAACUUUUUUAAAAAAUGGGCGGGGGGGGAAGAGAAGAAAAAAUUUGUUAGAUAAAUGUAAAGAUUAAAAUUUUAUAUUUUCUUAAAAUCCUUUGUGUAAUUUCUUGCAAAGUUGAAAUUUGAGGUCAUGCUAGAGGGAGGCCAGUCAGCACAAAUCAAGUGGAUUCUGAUAGUCUAAUUCAAAGAUAGGUUGGGAGGGGACAAGCAUGAUUCAGAAAAAAAGAAAAAAGACAAUUAGGACAAUAAGGGGUGAGAGAGGGCCAGUAGGCAGCCCUUGUGAUAAUGGGGGUUUCUCUGUUAGAGAAAAGCAUCAGACCAGCCACAUUUUCUGACUCUACUGUCCCAUACAGUGAUGUGAACCAAAGAAUGAGACUUUUUCAGGAAAACUUAAGAACCUAGUGUAAAUGACCUGUGGUUUGAAGCUCAAAACACUAUUCUAGGCCAUAUUCAAAUCCAAUUCUGCCAUGAAGUUAAUGGGGUGAUUCUUUCCUUCGUUACCUGAAGGUCUCAGUGGGAAUUCUGCUUUUUUUUUUUUCUAAGAACCACCACCAGCUUUGAUCUGUAGGCACAAUAGUAGGCAAUACUUAUAUAAAACUUAAAAAUGGACAACCAUGCUUUACAAACAUGAUCUCACUUGUUCCCUGUAGAAAGGUAGGGAUAUGCUGAAUUCCAUUUUGUAGAUAAGGAAACAAGCUCAGAAAGCUUAAGUGAUAUAUGCAUGACCAUACUAGUUAAGUCAGAAGCAAAACUUGAACCCAGGACUUUCCUGACUCAAAUCUACUCUACCAAACUGUCUCUCAAAAAAAAAAAAAAAAAAAAAAAAAAAAGUGAAGGAUGGGUGGGGGUGGGGAAAGAGACCACUAUAUAUGAAAACUGAGACCCUGGGAUCAAAUUCAGGUUUAAUACCCAUGCCAUUCUAGGUAUAUCCAUCACUAAGAAUAGGACUCAGAGAACAGUAAUCAGCAUUACUAUUAUUUCUGGAAAGUGCCAUGAAAAUUGAUUCCUCUUUAGCUCCAUCACUAUUUGUCUGAUUCUUGGGACCAAAACCUCCUUCCCAAUGCCCUACUGUCUUAAUCUGUGUUGCUUCCAUUAGAUUGUAAAGUCUGGCAGGCAGGAUCUGUUUCCCUUUGGUAUUUCUAGACCUAGCAUCAAACACCAUGCCUAGUACACAACAGAUGUUUUUUUAUUCAUUCAUUCAAAUCAUUUAACUCUACAGCCCUUAGUUCCUUAUCUGUAAAAUAAGCCAUUUGUACUAGAUAGUAUCCAGAGGACCUGCUGAUUUCUAAAUAACAAAAUGAUAUGCUUAAUUCUCAUGCAGGGAGAGGAAAAUUCACAAGAGGCUCAAUUCUUUGGAAGUUGAAAUAACCCACACCAAACCUGGGUGAAGACAGCAGUUAGUGAUGUUAAUUUAAGCAUACAAGAGUAAGAAAUUGCUAUGUGCUGGAAAGACAGCUAGCAAUUUUCUUCGGCAUAAGUCUGCAUUUUAGAUGCUUACAUUCAAUUCAGUCAAGAUACCUAUAAGUUAAAUCCUUACACAGACCAGAUAGGAUCAAGUAUAUGAUUCAAUUAUUCAAGGUUACUCUCCUCAAAAUGACUGGAGAGCAGACACAUUAGAUCACAUCUAUUCUAAUGAAUGUGCAUUAUAUGUUUGUGCCAUUGUAGUUUUUGUAAUUUCCCGAGUCUGAGCUAUUUUGAGUGCCAUCACACCUCCCCCCCAAAUUAAUCUUGAUAAAACUACACCUCGGUUUACUUGGCUUAAUGAUCUUAUUAUUUUGACAAGAUUUGAGUCCUGAUAUCUUCAGAAAAAAACAAGAUCUGUUUUCAAAGGACAAAUAAUUGCCCCCAAUGGAAGAUAGAUUCCAUUGGGUUAUAUUGAAGAAAAAAGUUACAAUACUUUAUACUUCCACCUUGAUUAUAUAGGUCCCUUCAUCCUAUUUGUAUGCUUACCAGCUUCCAUGGAAAUGCAACACACAAAGCAUUUUGCCAAUAAAAUAUUGCAACCUUUAUUUAAAACAAAAUGAAAUUGGCAAAACCUUGUGGAACAACAGGCAGAAAGAAGACCCACGCCAAGGGCCUCACUUAUUUACAUCAAGUUUAACACUGUUAGCAGUUCACAGUCAGACAACAGAGUGAGAGAAUUAAAUUAGAAAAACAAAAUAUAUUACAAUAACAAAAAAAAAAAAACAAACAAUUGACAACACUGGUAGUGUAAUCUGUGUUUAACGUAUUUUCAGUUUAAUCCAAUAUUUUCUCCACUGUAUUUACUAGCAAUACAAACUGUGCUGAAAUGAUCUGAAUCAUUGUUCUCUGUGCACAACACAUACAGCUGGGAAGUGUGACCUUUGGUAUAAAUAUUUCAUUUUAUAAACUAAAAAAAAAAAAA